UGUGUGUCAGCAGAACAAAAGCAGAGGAAAUCAUGAAAUGUAUUGGAGUUCGUCAAGUAGUAGAGUUUAAAAAGGCACGGUUGCCACUGCAAGGUGAAAACUGGAAAAGAUUGGCUCAGAUAGAAAAAGAGCAAUGCAGAUUACAACAUUCAGGGGAACUAAACUUAGAGGAGUAUAAAGCUCAACUUCAAAAAGAAAAAGAUGAAAUACGAACAAAACAAACCCAGUAUAAGUUGACAGAUCCAAUGGACAUCUUUAUAAAAGCUUUAACAACCCCUGAUGACACUGAGCGAGCCUUUUUUCUCAGAUGGCUGGGACUAAAACUGGACAGGCAUUCACGCAAACAGAUGUCACACUUACGGCACAAGUAUACAUGGUGUGAACAAAAGAAAGACAGAGAGGGUAUGGCACGAUUAGACCAGGAACUUCUUGAUUGUUCACUUGGCAUUGAGCACUUUAUGAGAGAAAUGGGACAAAUCUAUGAGGCUUUUUCAUUUGGUUUCAAUAAAAUGUCUGACAAAAUUCACAGUCUCCCUACUCUGGCUGCAGAAAUGCUUCUAGCUGGGUUUCCUCUUGAACUACUAGAUGGAGAUGCUUCAAAUAUUCCAGAGAAAUGGGUGAGUGAUGUUCUCAUGGAGCUUCACAGGAUGGUUGGACAGAAGAGCCGUUUGCUGGUUCUGACUGUGUUAGGGGUUCAGAGUACUGGUAAAUCAACAUUGCUCAACACCAUGUUUGGAGUUCAGUUUGCAGUGAGCAGUGGACGAUGCACACGUGGAGCAUACAUGAUUUUCCUUCCUGUGGGUAAUGACUUGAAAGAGGAGUUACUGUGUGACUUUGUCCUUCUGAUUGAUACAGAGGGUUUGAAAUCACCAGCACUGGCACAACUGGAAGACAGUUAUGAGCAUGACAAUGAACUGGCCACAUUUGUGAUUGGUCUCAGUGAUGUAACCAUCAUCAAUGUAGCUAUGGAGAAUUCCACAGAGAUGAAAGAUGUCUUGCAGAUUGCAGUUCAUGCUUUUUUACGGAUGAAGGAAAUUGGUAAAAAAGCAGUCUGCCAUUUUGUCCACCAAAAUGUUGGUGGUGUAUCAGCAUAUGACAAAAACAUGACAGACCGAAAAAAGCUCCUUAAGCAAUUGAAUGAAAUGACAAUGAUUGCAGCUGAGAUGGAAAAGCAGCCUAAUGUGAAGAAAUUCACAGAUGUCUUGGAUUAUGACAUGGAAAAGAAUAACUGCUAUAUACCAGGUCUAUGGCAUGGCACACCACCAAUGGCACCAGUUAAUACAGGCUACAGUGUGGCUGUUCUUGAUUUUAAGAAAAAACUCAUGGAGAGGCUUAAAGUAAGAAAAGAUAAAGAACCCUCCCAGAUCCCAGAGUUCCUGCAAUGGAUGAGUAGUUUGUGGAGGGCAGUGAAGUUUGAGAACUUCAUCUUUAGUUUCAGAAACACUCUUGUGGCCCACGCCUAUGACAAUCUUUGCAAAGAGUUUUCAGACUGGGAGUGGUCUUUCAGGAGACAUAUACUUUUUUUGAUUCAAACUGCAGAAAUUCAAAUAUCUAAUGCUGAAAUCAGUUCUAUUCAUGAGGUUGUUGAACCAUUUAAAGAAAAGUCUGAUAAAGAGAUCAUGCUUCAGACAAAAGCAAUGAAUGAGAAAUUAAAGGACUACUACAAAAGGAAAGACCGUAAUGUUCAUUUGGUGGAAAAGUACAAAAUUGAUUUUGUCAAAAGCAUUAAAUCUUUGGAGAAUGGAAUUAAGGAUGAAGAAAAAAGAUUAGCUGUUGCUCUUGAGAUGAGAAGAAACAAAGAGAAAGUAGAAGAGAUACACAGUAAGCAAGCUGAAAUGAUCGAAUGUCAAGUCCUAAAAUUGCUUCAUAGUUACAAUCAUCGUAAAGAUGUAUCUGAUGAGGAUCUCAAAACAGAUUUUGAAAGAAUGUGGAGAAAAGAGUUAGCAAACAUCACUGGUCUAAAAGAAAGGGACAUUUCUGCUGAAAUUUUAAGCAGUUGCUAGCAAGUUUGGGAAAUCAGAAUUUCAAUGAGUAUUUGCAGAAAGUUAAGGAUUUGUCACAAUGUGGGCAAAAAGAUUUCAAAAUCAAACCAAAACAUGUAGAAAAGGGCAAAGGCUUUGAAAAUUUGCA